AUUCACAAUCCAAAAACCACAAGAACACAAGAUGAGAAUUCGAUUCUUACUCCUCACCGUCCUCCUUAUAUUUCUCCAAUGCAAUGCUCCUCUAGUUAGUGGAAGCGAGAAGGUGACAAACAUCCGCUUCUACCUUCACAACACCCAUAGCGUGAAUGAUCCAUCUUCGGUCCUUGUCGCUGAAAACAAGAAUGCCACGGCCCAUGCUCAUGGCUUAGUGCCCUUUAGCUCCGUCUAUGUGUUUGACGAUGUGCUCACCGAGGAGCCCGCAAGUACAUCUAAGGUGGUUGGGAAUGCACAGGGUAUGUAUGUUGAAACGGGGAAAGAUGGGUACACGAUAUUGGAAAGUAUUGAUUGUGAGAUGACAGAUGGUCCAUUCAAAGGCAGCUCGUUCGUGAUGUUCUCAAGAAAUCAAUUCAGUAAUCCAAGCAGGGAGCUUCCCGUUAUUGGAGGUCGUGGUGCAUUCCGUAUGGCCAAAGGGUACGGCUUGCUCAGGACCGUAUGCAUUAACUGCAUCAACUCCAUGAACCCGUCCAAGGGAGAUAUCAUCGAGUAUAAUGUGACUCUAUAUCUUCAUUGAGUUUAUAUAUGGUUGUCAUGUGUUCCUUGUAGCGAUAAUAACAUUAAUGGAUGAUUGAGUUUCCUAGUUA